GGGCCAGAGCUAACCAGCCAGAGCUCGCGACUCCACCUGACUCUUGCAGCCCUCAAGGGGAGCUGGUCACUGGGGGCUGGAAACACAGGAGAAGGUACCCCACGCCGGGCAAGGCAUCGUCCCAAGAAGCCACCGCCCGCCCCGGCUGGGGCUGGAAUUCGAACCCCACUCGCCCAGUCUGAUCUUGGUCGCCUCCAUGCUCCUGGCCCGGAUGAAUCCGCAGGUGCAGCCAGAGCGCAGCGGGGCUGGCCAGGGGACGGGACUGCUGGGCCCCCAGCAGCCCCAGCAGCAAUCCCAGCCGCCGCCGCCUCUGCAACCCACUCGGAAAGCUGUGGAGCUGGUGUUGGUGAAGGAGCAGAACGGGGUUCAGUGCGUCCUUGCGCCUCGAGGUGGGGAAUCCCAGCCUCGGGAGACCUGGGGCAAGAAGAUCGACUUCCUCCUAUCUGUGAUCGGUUUCGCUGUGGACUUGGCCAACGUUUGGCGUUUUCCCUACCUCUGCUACAAGAAUGGUGGCGGGGCUUUCCUGAUUCCCUACACUCUGUUCCUCAUUAUUGCUGGGAUGCCUUUGUUCUACAUGGAGUUAGCUUUGGGCCAGUAUAACCGGGAAGGAGCUGCUACUGUGUGGAAAAUCUGCCCAUUUUUCAAAGGUGUUGGCUAUGCUGUUAUCCUAAUUGCACUCUACGUGGGCUUCUACUACAAUGUCAUCAUUGCAUGGUCUCUCUAUUACCUGUUCUCUUCAUUCACCCUUAAUCUUCCCUGGACCAACUGUGGCCACCCUUGGAAUAGCCCAAACUGUACAGACUCCAAGUUCCUCAAUGGAUCCGUGUUAGGUAAUGGAACCAAAUACUCCAAGUACAAGCACACACCAGCAGCUGAAUUCUAUGAGCGUGGUGUGCUCCACCUUCAUGAAAGCAAUGGAAUCCAUGACAUUGGUAUGCCCCAGUGGCAGCUCUCUCUGUGCCUGAUGGUUGUUGUCGUCAUCCUCUUUUUCAGCUUAUGGAAAGGAGUGAAGACAUCUGGAAAGGUUGUUUGGAUCACAGCCACUUUGCCCUAUCUUGUACUUUUCGUGUUGCUGAUUCAUGGAAUCACCCUGCCUGGUGCAUACAAUGGAAUCACUGCCUACCUGCACAUAGAUUUCAGAAGACUGAAGGAAGCCACGGUAUGGAUUGAUGCAGCCACUCAGAUAUUCUACUCAUUAGGAGCUGGAUUUGGAGUUUUAAUUGCGUUUGCCAGUUACAACAAGUUUGACAACAACUGUUACAGGGAUGCUCUGCUAACUAGCACUAUCAACUGUGUCACAAGUUUCAUCUCUGGGUUUGCCAUUUUCUCCAUAUUGGGCUACAUGGCUCAUGAACACAAGGUCAAGAUUGAAGAUGUGGCAACAGAAGGUGCUGGCUUGGUUUUCAUCCUUUAUCCAGAAGCCAUCUCCACCUUGUCAGGUUCCACUUUUUGGGCCAUUGUUUUCUUCAUAAUGCUGUUGGCUCUGGGUAUUGAUAGCUCGAUGGGAGGCAUGGAGGCUGUCAUCACUGGCCUUGCAGAUGACUUCCAGAUCCUAAAGCGUCACAGGAAGCUUUUCACAUUUGCUGUCACCUUUGGCACCUUCCUGAUGGCUCUGUUUUGUAUCACUAAGGGUGGAAUAUAUGUGCUGACAUUACUAGAUACAUUUGCUGCUGGAACUUCCAUCUUGUUUGCUGUUUUAAUGGAAGCCAUUGGUGUUUCAUGGUUCUAUGGUGUGGACAGAUUCAGCAAUGAUAUUCAGCAGAUGAUGGGGUUCAAACCAGGACUUUACUGGAGGCUCUGCUGGAAAUUUGUGAGCCCAGCCUUCCUAUUGUUUGUGGUGGUUGUCAGCAUCAUCAACUUCAAGCCCCUCACCUAUGAUGAUUACGUUUUCCCUUUGUGGGCCAACUGUGUGGGCUGGGGCAUUGCCCUCUCCUCCAUGUUAUUAGUGCCUGCCUACAUUAUCUACAAAUUCCUGAGUUUGAGGGGUUCCUUAAGAGAGAGACUGGCUUACUGUAUUACUCCGGAAAAUGAGCACCACCUUGUGGCACAAAGGAAUGUCAGGCAGUUCAAGCUCCAGCACUGGCUAGCAAUCUGACUGCACUCACCUGAGGAGGAACCCUAUCUUCUGUAACACAUUCAAAUGGAAUUAAUGACAAUGUCAAAGAUGAAGCCCUCUUGAUUGUAUUUUACCAGUCACUCUUGAGGUGACCCAUCGAUUCUGUUAAGGGGAAAGAAUUUUCCUUUAAGAUUUAUUUUCCUCCACUUACUUGCAAAUUAAUUUGGUGAAUCUAGUCUUUAGUUUCCUUUGAGCCACUGGUUUUAUGGAUUGCUUGCUGAAAUAGAUUUGGUAAGGUUUAGGGGAGACAUGAGUUGUGAAGGGAAUGAGGCAUGUCUCUUCACUCAAAAGCCUCUAUUACUUGGAAAAAGUUAAGACAAGAUAAUGUCUGUGGUUAAUGCUGGUAAACUCUUGUUUAAUCAGUUUAUUACCACAAGCAGGGUCAGUAAUGGGAGAAACACAUUUAGAUGCCUGCUGCUAUCCCCAAUGUUGUACUGGGCUGAAUUCUACAUCCUUCUAAAUUAUAUGGUAUGAAUUGACAUGUUGUUAUUCUCAAUUCUUCCCCUGCCUGAUACUUUUGUUUUACAAAGAAGGAGAAUGGGAGAGCUGGGUCAUUUCUGUUCCAUUUAAUUUGUAAUAAGAUGGAUAGGUUUGGAAUCAUAACUUAGAGAGCCACAGAUAAUGCUAUAAGUUAUUCUCUGAUGUGUAUGAUUUUUAGUAAUAGAAAGUACUUUUCUAAAAUUGAUAAUUCAGAGAGUUUUAUGUAUCAUGUGAGAUAAAUUCACUUGCCUUGUUCAGUUGGCAUUAAUGCUUCAGUGGAUCAUCACUGUGGGUGCUCUUUCCUCUGGUGCAGAUUGCAACCCUUCCACACACUUUCUUAUCCUGGAGGAUUCUUGCCUAUAUAUUUCCAUCAAUUGUGCAUAGGGAUAUUGGAGAUAUUCCUCUGGGUUGAUAUUUCAUGAAAAUUGGUGCAGCACUUGGAGACUUCCAGCUUCUUAAUCAUGAUAGACAAAUCUUAUUCUAUCAUGUUUUCUGCUAUUUCUGCCAAAAAGAAAAUUUCUCAGUUCAUAACUGCAUAGGUAAUUCUUUCAAAUGAUAGGUAUAGACCUAUCCAGAAAAAAUCCAGAUCCAGAUUGAUCCAGAAAAAGCAGACCCCCAACUUUUUUGUGAUAUUCAAUGAGGCCUCUUUUUUCCCCCUCUUAAUCAAAUAAAUAGAGCUCUUGAAUUCUGUGUUAGUUCAAAGGAACAACGUCCUGCGUAAUCUAAAAUCAAUUCCCAUUUGUUCAUGGGAUGACUAGAUGACUUAUUGUUGUCAUUUUUCAACAACUCUACUGUCAUAGUUUGUUGUCAUUCAGGCUGCUUUUGAUGGAAUUUUGGAUUACCUGUGGCUGGUGAGAGGAUGAACUAGGAGUUUGGUAAAAGGACAAAGAAUAGCUGCUCUGGAUUAAAGAUACCUCAUUGUAAGCUAACAAGUAGAUCUUCCAUGAUCAAGUAGAUCAUUGAAAACUGUAUCUGGUGAAAGCCAAUCUUGUGGAGAUUCAUGGAUAAGGUGCCCCAAGGAAGUGAAUUGUGCUGUUUUUAUUCUUUUCAGCAGCAAAGCAGGAAAGCUUAUUUAUAGUUUUCAGAGCAUCAGUCCUUGGGAUUGACCUAGUUGAUUUUGAUAUUUCUCCUAGGGGAAUUGAAAAGAAGGCCAGAACUAUGCAGUUGACUAUUUUCUCAGCUUGAGACUUAGCUUCUUUGCCUAGUGCCAAAGUACUGCUUGCCAGUUGAUCGUAUUUAUUUGUUUUUAACUUAAAUCUCUACAGGAUCCAGAUGUAAUCUACUCUGGGUUAUAGUAAGUGUUUCCAUUUUUGGGAUUCUCACCCCAGAGGUCUCCCCAUGAUGUUUCAUUAGUGAAGAUAAGAUAGUCUGGCCACUUUUCAAAAGUUAGCAGGGAGAGUAUAUGUAGUGGGAAUUUACAUUAAAUAAAAAUAUAAUUAUUCACAUUUCUAUAGGACUUUAAGAUUUAUAAAUCACUUCCCUCAUGACAACUUUAUUAGGACAACAGUGCCAUUAUCUUCAUUUUCUUUUCACAGAUGAGGAAAGUGAGGGUCAGAGAGAUACAAUGAUUUGCCUAAGUUCACAUAGCUAACAAGAGUCAGUGUUAGGAUUCCAAUUCAUGCCUUCCAACUCCUAAGUUAACAUGCUUUCCACUGUACAACAUUGCUUCUCAAAAAUGAGUCAACAAGAAAUUAACUAGCUGACCUAAAAGUUGUAUUAAUUUAGGUCAGGGCCAGGCCAGAAAAUAUUUUAAUUGGAUGUCCCAGUUCAAUAAUUUUAGAUAAUGUCAGCUCAAACUGGUUCAUUCUUACUUUAAAAAAACACUCCCUGAAUUUGGUUUGGAGAUUGACCCAAUUAGUGCUGUAGUGCUGAUUCUUUCUAAUUGCUGGUUCAUAGCUCAGCUCAAUUGUAGUCCAAAUGAGAAUAAGAACUUGGGUUCUCAUUGCCAUGCUACUGUUGCUGCUACAUGGCCUUAGGGAAGUCAUUUAACUUCAGAGACAAGUGUGCUUCACAGACUAAAACCAUAGAGGGUAGAUGAGAUACUGCUUGUGUCUAAACUGAUUGAAGAUGCAUUGUACAAAAAACAACCAUCUCUCUAUUCCCUUACCCACUUCUAGAAAUGUUUUUGGAAUGUUUUUGGAAGGGCAGUGAGGGCAGGAGGAUAUAGGGUUAAAGGGAGACUUCCUAGAACUUCUUAAUUUGGUUCCAUUUAGGAGUCAAUUAAUGCACUUCAAGAUGGGCCUCCAAGAAUUAAAAAAUGAGUUCUGUGAAGGGCAGGUUAAGGAAUUAGAGUUAUAUUACCUCUCCACUAUCUUUAAGACAUUAAAUACUCUUUGUCUAUAGAAAACCCAACAAAAGGGAAAUAAUUUAGAUGAAAGCAGAUGUGAUUGGUUGGGCAAAAGGAUAAAUUUCUUGAAUGUUAAGGAGAUAAAAUUCUAGAAUGGUCAAGGAGGGAUUAUGUGAACUACUCAUCCCCUAAAAGCUUCAAUCAGAAGUCAAAUGACCCAAGUGGUUUACAUUCUUGCUGCAAUGGUUCUUACUUCCUUGAUGUCCUUCUACCUGGAGUUUGGACUCUUUUCCCCCUAAGUCUUGCCCCAAAUUUUAGGUUGAUCGAAGUACACAAAUUUGCCAACUCUCCCCAAGGGCAAUGCAGUGUUAGGCAGGGGCACAGGAGAAACAUGGAGAAAUAGUGCUUUAGGGAAAUCCAAAGGCCUGAAAUAUAACUUUUAGUUUUCUACAUAGCAGACCCACAGAGUAAUCACUCUCAUCUUUGUGCUGCAUUGUGACUUCCCAUUACAAAAAAGUAGACACUAAUACCAAAACUGUAAAAUGCUCUCCCAAGCAGUUAAAUUGCUAUAAGUGGGAGCCUAGACAACUCUGAACCCAAAUGAUAAUUAUGGCAAAGGAUAUGGUGUUCAUAUAGGGAAAUGACCAAAUUUCUAGGUUUUGAUAAUUUGUUGUUUUAAACUUUGCUCUUCCCCCUCAAGACAUGUAUUAAAGAACACAAAAUACACAGCCUUUGUUUCAAAAUGCAAAAAUAUGAUUUCCUAGCCUGGGUCAUGGUCACAUUAGUGUAAUGGACAGGUUUUCACAAUUCCCUUGUUUUUUUUUCUUUUUCAUCCAGCUUAAAGGGUGGAAAAUUGGUUCAUUCACUUAAUACACAGGUCUGCAUCAAGAAUACUAUCAUAUCUUGUUAUCUGGUAGGGAAAACCUAGACCUAAGAGUGUAAGGACUGCUUUCUUAGGUGAGUCCUGAGGGCUAUCAAUCCCAGGUUUCUCUCUUGAUAGAAGAAUCAAUAAAGGUUUUUAGAGGAAAUCACAUAGCAUUGUCUAGAGGUUCUGAAUAUAUUUCCCAAAUAAUCGAUUAUAGAACUAUCAUUUCUGGUGCCUCAAUUAAUAUGACUUAAUUAUACUGCCUCUUCAUGGAAGUAGCUUGAAUUUCUGAGGUAGAGUUUUUCAACCACAAAAUAAAAUUCACAGGAUAUUCUUAAAAGACAGGAGUAGAAGCAAAGAGGGAUUAUUUAUUUUCUCCAAUUCUUGUUGGUAGAUUACAAAGAUGGCUCAAAGAACCAUCAGAGUUUAGCUAAGACUUGGAAAUCCAUAGGUAUAGUUAAAGACUAGGGCAGACUGUAUCACUGGGAACCAAUAACUCUAGUAUGUGAUACUAUUAUGGGAGCUGGUUAGUAAAGAUUUGUAACUAAAAUGCAAAAUUACCAUAACUUUCAGAAUACCAUUUGCUUCUUCCUCUCUCAUCUGGUUAGUAGUAUGGAAAACUAGAGUUUUGAUUCAAAAACUGCUGUAUUCAAAUGGACAAUAUAUAUUACUUGGCAAAAAAAGACAAAAGAAAGUGGUGGAAUGGAAGAGGAAUGAAGGCAUCAUUUAUUUUCUUCUAGUUGAUUGCCAAAGGGAAAAUUAUUCAGCUGCUGUGUGUUGAUUACAAUAAUCACUCUUUGGAGCAGUAGGGCAUGAAAAAGAAAGGACAUAUGGAAAAAUUGGUGAGAACAAAGCCUCAGUGGAUUAUAAUGUUAGAUAAGGGAGGUGGGCAAAUUGGUCCAAAGAAAACCUUUUCUUUUUCUGUAGCUAUCAGUGAUUCUUUGGUUUCUAAACAGUUUAAAAAGGAAAAGAAGAAUGGUGCUAGCUCAAAAGUUUCAAGUUGCUAAGUCAUUUCUCCACAAUGAAAUUUUUAGGGGUAGAUCCCUCCCUGUGAGGUGACUUGUUUCUCUACCAUAAAUAGAUGAGUACUCUCUCUAUGGCCAAUGGAUAUCAUGCCACAUUAGUGAACCUGAGAUUACUGAUGAGACUCCACAUUGUCAUUGGGUUUGCCUUACACUUAGAAGUUUUGUAAGAAGGGGUUCCUUUGUUUACAUAAGUAAUAUUCCACUUCAUUUUUACUGCUUUUUUUAUAGUAAAGGUUCCCUGUAACAUGGGUACCUCUGUGAACUGUAUAUUACUCUUUUGAUAGUUUUAUGUCCCCUCCCCCUUUGUCUAUUUUUUGUAAAGGGAAAAUACUUUUAAUAUCAGAAAAUUAGCUAGGCCAUCACUUGGUCUCACAGAGGCCAUAUCUACACAAGGAAUCUAUUGAAUGACCUAUAAGCCUGCAGAUAAUAACAAAAUAAAUGGUCAAGAAGAAUGGAGUAUUGCUAUCUACAGCCAGAUAUGCCAUAUUCCAUAGUCUCCACUGAUGCCUUAAUCGCUCAAAGAGACCUCCUCCUGGCUUCUGGGCUUUCUCUUCUCAAGCAAUCCAAGUAUGCAUCUAGCCUGAGUGAUGAGGAACUCAAGAAAUAUACCAAAGAGAUUAUUUCAUAGGAAAGAAGUCAUAAAGAGAUCAGUAGUUUUAGACAACUUUUAGGAAAAGUGGCAUGCUUCAUGCUAAAUUCAAGAUAGAGGUAACUUGUUUAUUGCGCUAAUGAUCUCUAAAGUGAUUAUAAACAUAUUGAUCAAAGAGAUUUGAUUUCUUUAUAUUGCAUUCAUGACUUAGAUCCACCAAUGUAGCAGUUUCCUUUUUCAAUUGCUUAAUGAGAGAAAGUAAAAUUGAAUGAAAGAAAGAAGAAAAAGAAUUCAACUAACCCCUCGUUUCAGUUUUUCUUUUUGUUGAGGAAUCUGAGGGUAACAUAUCUACAUAUGAAUGUAAGUAAUGGGAUUGAUCCUGUUCCUUACAAAUCUAGGUGUAUGUGAUGUAUACUGUUGUUGUAUGUGCUCAAGAUGUUGAAAGCUCUGGUGAAUGUAGUCUCUUCUGAGAUGUCUGCCUCCCUUCCUCCAUAUAUGUGCUUUAAUGUAAAUAAAGACUGUUUCAAGUGAUUUCCUCUAUACUGUCUGAAUUACUAUGUCUGGUCUAGAUCUAUUUUACAACUUGUUCUCCAUCAAAGAAAUGGAGAUAGAACAAUAAACAAUAUCUUCUAUGCCAUCUAAGCAUUUUUCUUCUUUUAUGAUUGUUCUUCAGUUGUUCCUAACUGUUUUAGUUAAAAUAAUUUUAUUAAUAUCUUUGGUCUUAAUGUCACUUACAUUUCCCAAUGUAUUCUUGCCUCCUCUUCCAGAGAGCUAUUCAUUUUAAUGAAAGAGAGAGAGAAAGAGAGAGAGAGAGAGAGAGAGAGAGAGAGAGAGAGAGAGAGAGAGAGAGAGAGAGAGAGAGAGAGAAUAAA